CGUAGAACUGAAAUGACUAUGCCAAAAAUUUUAGUAAAGUUUGUAAGCUGAAAGCAUAAAUGAAUUGGAAAAAUUCUCUAGACUUUUAUAAAAGAAGAAACAAAUUUAAUGUCAAUCAUGUUUCUAACAUUGAACUGGACUUCGUCAAAAACGGCUUGGCGAGUGUGAAAUUUGCGUAUUUGUUUGGAUUACAUUUUCGCUUACAUACAAAUAGACGGAGCGGAACUCAGAUAAGAGUUAACGGACAUAAAGAUAAAAAUCGUUCUUUCUUUUGCCUUUAAAAUGCACCAUUACUAUUUAAAACGUCUUUUAUCUCUAUGUUUAUUAACAGCCUAUCAGAGUAGGCGUGGUGUUUAAGGAGGCAUAAACUCUUAUAAGUACACUAUUAAUAGUUGCCAUUUACAUAGGAUAAAUAAUUUUGUUUUUGCGAGCAUUGCUCUUCGGAGUACAUUUGAAAGAUAUAAACAUGUUUUCUUUAUAAUUUUAAUAAUUUGUAAUUAUUUUGAAUAAUUUAUGAAACGGUAAGUGCAGGCAAUGUGGUGGUAGUGAGUAUUAUAAUCAAAAAAUUCAAAAUAUAAUAAAUGUCAUAUUAGAGCGGUUUCAUUUAUACUCCGAUAUUUUAAUACUAUUUUAUUGGCCCCUGUUUCGUGUUUCUUUUCGUUUGCCGAUUCAAAAAAAAAGAUCUGCGUAAAAUUAAAUUGGUUUUUUAGUAUUUAAACUACCACCAGCAUUACCUUUCGCGCAAUUCAUGUAUUUAAUUGGCAAUAUUUCUAUUAAGACUUUGGCACAUGAAUUCAAAUAACGAGUGGGAAAACCAAAUUGCAAGAUGCACCGAUCACGAGUACUCACUUCCGCCCAAACAUUACCCGCUUACGUCUGCAUUUGAUAAAUCUAUACCUGCAAACGUAAAGAGAAAUGUCAGAAGGAACUCACAAAUUUUUGGACUCGGAUGGACCAUGCCAUAAUUUGGCGGAGGAGCUAUUACGUGAAAUGCCAGAUAUGAAAGACGAGAUCGAGCAGGAAUUAAAGGAUGCAUUGUCAAAAAAUUAUGAUAGUAAAAUAAAAAACAUACAACAAAAAUACAUGGAGGGAAUGGCACUUAAAGAAAAAGUUGGGGACAAUUUGUCCAAGCCAGAUCUUGAAAUAACGGAAGAUUUUGAGGAAUCAAUGGAGUCGGGAGAGGUCGCAAAUAACUUACUAACCAAAAUAACCAUAAAAAGUUGUGAAAAUGAAAAGGCGAAAACGGAGAUAAUGAAAAUGGAUACAGAUUGUCAGGAGAAUAAUAACGGAGUACGCUCUAUCGAAAGUGUGAAUAGAGAUAAUGACGAAAACAUUGAUCAAAGAUCCCAAAAUGAAUCUGACAACAACACAAAUAUAGAAACCAAUAUCCAUAAACGUGAGAAUGAAUGUUCUGAAAGUGAUAGUACAAUCUUGCAAGACGGUCCAACUGCCAAACAAGCGAAAUUAGAGGUUCCUGGCGAAAGGAAGUCAAUUAUUGAAGUUCAUAUCUCUAAUAAGGGGAUGGACAAUGAAGAAGAUACUGCAGAGUUGGAACGCAUACGUAAACUGAAGGAGCAAACUAUUAUUGAAUUGCAUAGAUUAAAGAGUCAAGAGGAUAAACUACUCAGAAUCGAGAAUAUAAACAAGCAAUUACAAAAAAAUAUUGAGCAAAAGCAAGAAAAAAAUGGAGCGAAUGAGACGGAGGAUAAUAAUGGAAAUGAUGAUGUAACUCUAGAAGAAGAAGAAUUUGUAAGUAAAGACAUCGAUGUCGAGAAUAGUGAUAAUAAAAAACUGACAAUAGGAAACACCGAUGACAAUGAUACAUAUGAUAACAACGAAAUGAGGAAAAAUGCAGAUGUUGUAAAAGAGUCUGCAAAUGAAGAAAUUAAAGCUGCAACGUUAACAGAAAUAGCGACGACAUCCGCUAAAAUCUCGUCUACAGUACUCAAUGAUAAUAGUAAUCACUCUAACAUGGGCGAACAUGAAAAUCAUACCCCACCAGAAGAACUCACAACCGAAGAAGCUGUUCGCGAUCGAGAGUUACGCGCAUCGGGUGCGAUAUUUCUUCAGCAUUUACCUUGCUUUAAACUUCAACACAACUCGGAAAAUGCCGCUAGAGCAAUCUCCAAUGACAAUGUUGUAGCUGACCAUGCCAUACCGAGGUGCCGGGAAUGUCGACGGCGCAAUUCUCAGGGUGGUUCAGACGUUUAUUGCCGAUUUUAUGAAUUUCGUCGAUUGCAGUACAACAAAAUGGGUGAAUUAGUUGUUUCUGGCUUCCCCAAUCCAUAUACUGAUCCGACUGUCGACGAUUUGCGCAUAUGGCAACCAGAUGAGCAUAGUGUGCCUACCGCAGGAUGGAUGGACAUCCAAGUAGCUCGCUAUAUACUGUUACACGCUGGUGACCAAUUUUGCUAUCUGUGGCAACAGGAGGCUGAGGCCUUGCGUUUACACGAAAACCCGAAUAGUAUAAUCGCCUGGAAGAAGGUGGUACAAGGUCUACGUGAGAUAUGCGAUGUAUGCGAUACAACACUUUUUAAUUUUCAUUGGACUUGCGACAAGUGUGGCUUUGGUGUGUGCCUUGAUUGUUUCAAAGACCGUAAAGAGCAGCGCAGUUGUCGAAAGAGGCGCACUGGUGAUAAAACGCAACGUGGACACGAUGAAUUCCAUUGGAUGCUAUGUACAGCAACCACGCCUACUCAUCAAAAACAUGAACUACGUGAUCUCAUGCUUACACAGAUCAUAGCUAGUGAUGCGUUAAACGUUUUGGGCCGUCUCUUACAUGAUAUUCGUGCCAUGUGGCAAGUGCCCCAAAUGUGCGGCUGCUUGUUAAGCAAACAGAACCUUUCGCCAGAUACUGAACUAGGUAUUUUAAUACAGGACAUGAUCAAGGAAUCUCAAUUAAAGCAGCAGACGAGCGCUUCAUCGCUAGCUACUGAAGAGACAUUACGUAAGCAGGCGCGAAUGGAAGAAUUGCAUGCUAAAAAGUUGGAGUUUGCACGAGCAAGAGGUAUUGAUUAUGUGCCAGGUCGUGUAUGGACCAAGCAAACUUUGGGAAAGGACCCCAUUACAACCGCUUUUGAUAAUUUUAAACAUAUAAACUUUUUACGGAAAGGUUUGGCAGGCUUGCGUCGAUUUUUGCCGCCACGCGCAAUGACUUUAACCCAUUCGACAAUGCUAGCACCUGGUGUACCACAUGAAUGGUUAUGUGACGGCAAGCUACUGCGAUUAACGAAUGCUAUGCAUCCCGAUAAUCGUAUACUUUUUCAGGAGGUAUGGAAAUGUGGUCAGCCCGUUAUGAUCUCGGAAGUAGCGCGAUCACUGAAUUUGGACUUAUGGCGUCCCGAAGCCUUCUGUAAGGAUUUCGGCGACAAACCAAACGAUUUGAUAAACUGUCUAAAUGGCAAUUUAGUGCCGAACCAACCCAUGCGUUAUUUUUGGGAGGGAUUUCAAUGUAUUAAGAAGCGAUUGCUAGAUGGCAAUGGUAAACCGAUGUUACUGAAACUGAAAGACUGGCCACCGGGCGAUGAUUUUGCUGAAAUAUUACCGACGCGUUUUGCGGAUCUCAUGACCGGCCUACCCAUGCCCGAAUACACAUUGCGUACCGGCAAUUUAAAUAUCGCUAGCUGCUUGCCGAAGAUGUUUGUACCACCCGACUUGGGACCGAAGAUGUACAAUGCCUACGGCUCUGCAUUGCAUCCUGACAAAGGCACCACUAAUUUGCAUUUGGACAUUUCUGACGCUGUAAAUAUAAUGGUAUAUGUAGGCGUGCCACAAGACGCGGAUAGUAAACCACAGUUGGUAGCUACACAAAAAGCAAUCGCUUUGGGUGGCUGCGAUUAUUUGACACGCGCUCGAUGCCAAAAACCUGACGUCCUCCCGGGCGCAUUGUGGCACAUUUUCCCUGCUCGAGACGCUGAUAAAAUCCGCGAUCUUCUCAAUCGCGUGACAAUAGAGAAGGGUUUUCGUCUAGAGCCCGACCACGACCCUAUACAUGAUCAGAAUUGGUAUUUGGACGAUAAAUUGCGUGCACGCCUAUUCAAGGAAUAUGGUGUAGAAGGCUAUCCUAUCGUACAGUGUCUGGGCGACGCAGUGUUCAUCCCGGCUGGUGCACCACAUCAAGUACAAAAUCUCCAUAAUUGCAUAAAAGUAGCAGAGGACUUUGUAUCACCAGAGAACAUAACACAUUGUUAUCAUUUAACCCAUGAAUUUCGUCAUUUAUCACAUUCACACACCAAUCACGAGGACAAAUUGCAGAUUAAAAACAUAAUUUAUCAUGCCAUCAAAGAUUGCUGUCAUAUAUUAGUACGCGCUUUGGAUCAACGACUUGACGAAGAGUUAGCUAAGGUGGAGGAGCAGCAUGCAAAGGCUGAAAUGAGCCUCCGUGAAGGAACAGAACUCGAAGCCAAACGAAGCAACAAAUAAGAUUAAUCUUCUUUUUAUUAAUAACUACUAUAAAAUUCACAGUUAUAUUAUAUUGAUAUACAU